AUGAUCAUGACGAUACAGAGCAUCUUGCUCUUCCUCGUCGCUGGCCAUCUUUUCGUGCUAAACUCUUUGUGCACACCGAAGGCCUUCGACACCAACGGUACCUCCCUCAUCACGGCGCCGGCGGAUGCGGCCCUCGGGCCGUGCCCGUUCGCGUUCCCCGCGCCGCUCACCUUUGAGGAAGCCAUCGUUGACCUCUGCCCCGUCGACGGCAACAACGACCACCAUCCCGUCGACAUCUCACCGGGCGCUAAACCAGCUGCGCCUCCGAAAGCUGGUGUGGUCACCAACACUUUGUCGACGACGCCUGGGUCUGUCAACGUCUGCUUCAUCCCGCCUUCAUCCCUCGUCCAACGCUCCUCUCCCGCCAGCCAGCCAGGAGCGUAUGACGCCUGGGUCGACGUCGAUGAGGACGUCCGUCGCAACGAAGACAAAGGCGAGGUCGACUGGGCCGGGCUUGCGCUCCUGGCUCAGCGCGCAUGCUUCGUCGCGCUGGUUUUCUUCCUGACACUUCGUUCUCGCCAGCUCGUGGAUGGAAUCAAGUCAAGCGUGGCGGCGGCGACGGCACUCGAGUCGCUCAACACGGUCUUGGAGGCGUCGAUCUCGGGCUUUGAACAUCAGUUCAGAAUUCAGGCCUCUGCGCUUGGUCGGUUCCCAGCUCUUCUGGUCAGCCUCGGAGACGCAGUGGCACGACUGGCCGAUGUGGAAGCAACCAUCGGGACUCGGAUUGACGACGAGUUCGGGCGUGCCAUCCGCCACAUGCAAGGCAUCAUCGCACUCCACAAUCGAAGGAGCCGUCUGGAGGACGACAUGGACUGGAUGCAGUCCUCUUUGGAAGGACGGCGGUGUUCGACGGCCAACUCGGACGCUGCGGCUGACGAGGAGGUCGUGUCUCUACUCGAACAACUCACCGAGUCUGAGGAUCGACUCGAAGACGCAGAGACCAAGACGCAUGAACGACUCACGGCCGCCAAGUCCGUCAAGGUCGGCAUCGACGACGCUGGCGCAGAGUGCCAUCUGGUUCUGGUCGAGAGGGACGGACUCCGGAAGCACUUGGCCUACAUGCAUACAUCGAACUGUCUCGAGGCUGAGGACUGCGAUGCUGACGUCGCCGGCUUGGAAGCACAGCGUACUCUGCUCGAGACUUCAUGCGAACAGACCAUCUACCGCGCCGACAUUACAACCUCCAAGGUCGACGCGCUUACUGAGGAGGUCGACCACAUCGUGCUUGCAUCUCACCACGCUCAACAGGCCCUCAUCGGUGACCUUGCCGGUGCAUCCUCUGAGGCCUCGUCUCUUGCCGCCGAUCUCGCCAAGCAAGACACCGAGCUCACAGACCUCAAGACCACGCACAGUGCACUCGAGGACUCGUGUUCUCAGCUCGACGAACACGCUGAAUCCCUCGAGUCGACUCUGGCCCAACUCGAGGCUGACGAAGUCGGUCUCCGUGCAACUUCCCUCAAGGAGGCCGACGAUCACCAGGAGCGGGUGAUGGCCCUCGAGGCGGAACACGACGCUGUGGAUGCAUCUCACGCAGCAGCCGUCGAGAAGCUGUCGAAGGUCAAGGCGGACGCAGACCGAGUUGCUCAAGAGACACUGGCGCUCGUCGGAUCCCUCCGCGAGAAGCAAGCGGCGAACAAGGUCCGGUUCGACGAGGCCACUGCCGCCCUCAAGGCGUCCAUUGCCAGGGACGACGCCGACAUCGCUGAGCGCAAGGCCGCCUGCGUCGCACAAGAACACAGCCUGAAAGUCACGAAGGCGGCGCUCGACACGCGGAACGACGUCUUCAGGCUGCACGCACAGGACUACGAGCGCGACAUGGAGGCAUCGUGGUCGCUCGGGAAGGAGAGCGGGUACGACCGGCAGCAGUACGAGUCGAUGCUUGACGAGGCGUCCAACAAGGCGGCGCGGGCACGGCGGCAGCAGGCCGACGCCGAGGCCAAGGCUGCAGCGGCGCGCCAGCACUCGGACGAGGUCGCGAAGGAGACGGCGGUGACACGACACGCGUUCACGACACAGCUCGGCGACCUCGAGGCGCAGCGGACGGCACUGGGGUCGGCCAACGCGGCGUUUGCGACAUCGAGCGAGCAGCUGCGUGCGGACAACUCUGCGCUCGGGGCCAAGCUCGAGCACCUGAAGAAGGCGCACGACGACGAGAAGCGUCCGCUGAGCAUCCGGCUGCGAUCGGCCGAGGCGGACAUGGCGCGGUUCAAGAUGACGGAGGCCGAGGCAGUGAACCGACUGGACGUGCAGAUCGCGGGACUGGCAACGGAGGAGGAGGGGCUGAAUGGGAAGAUGGCGGAGUACCAGAGCGAGCUUGGGCGGGUGUAUGGGAUGACGGAGGGAGUGGAGCGUGCGGUGUCGGAGGCGUCGUUGGCGUUGUCGGUGGAGAAGGGACAGGCGUUGGCACUUUUGAAGCUGAUCCGGUAUCCGAGCUCGGACCCAGAGUUCAUCGCGGCAUAUUGGACCCCCGAGACACCUUCAGAGGGUGCAUCGUCAAGACCGCCAGAGCGCUAUGAUAGCUGCUCGGCGAUCUUCGAUGCAUCUUUUGAGGAGGCCUUGGAGAGAGACAUUGCUGAGUCGAAGACAUGCGAUGGGCUUGCAAACGCCGGACUAGGACUUGACAUGUAG